AUGUCGACAAGCAGCAUUACAACGCUUGUUCUUGAAGACGAGAGUCUCCUCUUUUCAAUUCUAUCGUUUUGUGACGAUAGGACAAGUCGGAAUGAAGUCCUCUUUCUUUCCAAGCGUUUCUUGGAUUUAUUGACUAGUGAAGUCUCGUUUCGAUGGCGUCUCCAAUGCCUUCAUAUUGUACAUGGAAUCUACUCUCCUCCUACUUUGGGCCUGAAGCAGACCUGGAAAGAUAUCUAUCUGGAGUCUUAUCCACAAAGAAAUCUCUGGAGUGCCCACAAGAAUAGUAAAUCAGAUAGCGAAUCCAACAAGAUUCUUGCUUGUAUGCGUUUGAAACCAGUGCUUGACGAGCCCAGCGAACAUCAAGCCGCUCCUGCAGAGAAAAUUGUAUUGCCACUUCACCAAAGAUUGGCACUCAUUCGAAUGAGCCAAAAUCUGAAAUCAAAUCGAGAAGCACUGCGUGUGCUACAAAUGCAAGGAGAUUGGUUCACAGCGCAAUGGCAACAAGAAAAAUCUUGCAAUGAAGAAGCAGAUGGCAAAGAAAUUACACCGCAAGAAGAAGUUGCCGGUUUGCCAAGUCUCAUUGGUGGGGUUCAUUCCAUCGACCACGAAAAUAAUCGUGUAUUUGUAGUUGAUCAUACCAAAGGAUUACGAGAGUUUUCCUUUGAUCAUGUGUUACCAGAUCUUUCGUCUCAGGAUAUGACCUAUGAAACUUGCGCACGACCCCUGGUCACAAACUUUGUCAAUGGCUUCAAUUCGACCUGCUUGGCAUAUGGCCAAACUGGGUCGGGUAAGAGUCAUACAAUGUUUGGACCCCAUGAUCCAUCAAACGAGUUAAUGUCAUUUGAUCAGAAUUCUAGCCAAUGGGGAAUUAUUCCGCGUGCAUGCUACGAAGUCUUCCAAGCAUUGGAAUAUCGACAGGCGAAUGUGAGGAUAGAAAUUGAUGCCUCUGUUUCCAUGAGCUACAUUGAAAUCUAUGGCGAAAGUGUCUCAGAUCUGUUAAGAGAGCGAGCACCUUGUGGCCAUAGCAAAGUUGCCGCACAACGGUAUGUUCUCGAUGGUGAAGCCGAAAAAAGUGUCGCUUCUUUUGAAGACACAGUUAAGUUGCUAAAUCAAGGAGAACUACAAAAACGUACUGCUUCGACGGCAAUGAACGAGCGCUCGUCUCGAGCUCAUACUCUGUUGAUCUUGACCCUAAAACAAAGAGCCCAUACCUUAGGCCAGGUGGUCACCAGCAGGCUAUUCUUGCUGGAUCUUGGAGGAAGUGAAAAUCUGAAAAAGAGCAAAGCUAACACUAAUGCUCAACGAACAAAAGAAGCAGUAAACAUCAAUCUUGGUUUGCUGGCACUUAAGCGAUGUACAGCAGCUUUGAACUCGACUACUAGAGGCAAGAAAAGCCAUGUCCCAUAUCUUGACUCGAAGCUAACUAUGUUGCUAUCUGAGGGACUUGGCGGCAACAGCAAAAGUUGCGUCAUCCUUUGUGCAGCUCAAGAUCCCGAGCAUGCAAAGGAAACUUUGGAUACAGUUGCAUUUGGUCGAGCUAUUAGCAACGUAUCGAAUGAUCGUAAACGUAGCGAUGAAGAAAGUAUGCUGAAGCACUUGUUAAAUGAUAUUGAUAUGUCAAUUGCGAAAUGUGAGGAGAACAUUCGACGAAAUGAACGAUGGGAGACGAAAACAGUGAAGCAAACGAAUGCGUAUGACGAAAUGGAAACCAAGGUGACAACAUUGUUGGUGGGUGCCGAGUCUGAUCGUCUAGAGCUGGAGAAGUUGCUCCGACGACGUGCCCAGUUGACUGGAACCGCAAUCGACAUUGCCGAUGCCGAGAACAUUGUUGGAUUUGGGAAUGCGCAUAGCUACGGAAUGGGUCAACAGAUGGUUCCCAAGAACGAGUAA